CCCACCCACCUUAUUAUUCUAUUAAUCUUUCAUCUUUUCCUCUCUCUCUCUCUCUAAAAUUGCAAUUGUAGUAGUACAUAUAUAUAUAUAUAUAAUCAAUCAAUCAAUCUUAUGGGCUACGACUCAACCCACCACAUAUACUUUCACUCAAACACGCUUUUCUAAUUUAUCGUUAGAAAUCGCUCUUUCUCCCAAUGUCCUCAACUUCUUCUUCUUCUUCCUGCGCUCUUCUCAUUUUCCUACUCAUGGCCCAAGGCAGUUUGGGGACUGUGUUUACACUUGUAAACCGCUGCGACUACACAGUAUGGCCCGGAAUACUAUCCAAUGCUGGUAGCUCCGGUUUUGACACCACCGGUUUCCAGCUCCCACCCCGCGCCACCAGGUCCUUCCAAGCCCAACCCGCCUGGUCCGGAAGGUUCUGGGCCCGAACCGGUUGCUCUUUCGAUCCCACCACCGGCAUAGGCCGCUGCGACACCGGCGAUUGCGGCUCCAAUCAAAUCGAAUGUAAUGGCAAUGGCGCAACCCCACCAGCCACCUUAGCUGAAUUCACCAUCCGCUCCGGCAACCAAGAUUUCUACGACGUCAGCCUCGUGGACGGCUACAACGUGCCCAUGAUUAUACAGCCUGUCGGCGGUUCGGGCGCCUGCGGCUCCACCGGCUGCGUAACGGAUGUGAACAGGAUGUGCCCGAAUGAGCUGCGGGCAGGGGACGGACUGGGGUGCAAGAGCGCAUGCGAGGCGUUCGGAAGCCCGGAGUAUUGCUGCAGAGGCGCGUACGGCUCACCCGCCACCUGCCGGCCGUCGGUGUACUCGGAGAUGUUAAAGAAUGCGUGUCCGAGAUCGUAUAGCUACGCUUUCGAUGAUGCUACGAGUACUUUUACAUGUAGUGGAGCCGACUAUACAAUUACAUUCUGUCCUUCACUAACAAGUCAGAAAUCAUCAAGAGACUCUUCAUCCUCAAGUUGGCAGCCUCCGCCGGCCGUCGAUGAUUCCGACUCUGGGCCGCAAGACGACCUGGCGUCGUGGCUGCCGAAUUUUGUGAUAGGGGGAUCGCCAGACUUAGCUUUACACUCUAGCACUCUCGCCAUGUGCGUAGGAGCAAUUUUUCUGUCACUCACCUUCCUUCAACUAUAGAGGAUCGCAUCCAAAUAUUAAGACAAGAUUGUAAAGCACGAUUUUUGGAGACCUAUGUAUAGAAUUGUAAUGAUUUGGCAAUCAUAUUUAAUUUGGUGGGAGGAAUGAAAAACAGUCAAUUUUUUUAGUGAUUUGUUGUGAUGGAUUUAGGUAAAUUAGUUAGAGAGAAAGAAGGAAUUGCUUUCAUGAUAGAAAUUUGAGAGUGUGAUAAUUGCUUCUUUCUCUUUUA